GCACCGCCAGGAGAUGUAAAAGACCAGGAAGGAAGUGUUACCAAAGGCAGUUACGCAAUAAUUGACCCAAAUGUGGAAGAUGAAGCCGAACCUGGCACUACAACACCUCCCCAACACAAUMAUAAAAAGGAUGAAACAAYUCAUGAUCAAAAAAAAGAAAAACAAGCARCCAAAAUACAAUUUGUUCCGGUMCCGGUUUAUCAGCCACAAGUUUCACCACGGGGAAAUUUUUACYGCACACCUUAUUACCCAUAUAGGGGGUAUUAUCCCAACACAUAUCGGACCCCUUACGGCUAUCCUGCACGCUAUUAUUAAUUGAUUCAACUUGUAGAAAAAAUUGGUGUAAUAUUUAAACGUUAAAAUUGUAGUUGAUUUAGAAAUGCAAUCCGUUGUGGCUGAGUUUUAUUUCACUUUUUCAACUUAAAUAUUAUUUAAUAUCAAACUAUGAAAAUAAUUUAAUUUUAUUAUACGCAUUUUAAGACUUAGUUUAUAAAUCAACUUGUAGAAAUUUUUCAGGCUUCACUUCUGGCAAGUCCUCAGCUAAACUCAAUUUUUCCAAAUAUUUAACUACAAAAAAAUCAGUUUCAACGUAAAUUGCUGCUUAGUUACAAAACUUACGAUUCGCCAAUUCCUCUUCGUCACAUGUUUCACUUAAUAUAGCCAAAAUUUCCUUGAAUUGASCAAACUCUUUAACGUAUUUUUGCGUCAAUUCGUACGAGUUGAAACUUAGCAAACUUAAUAUCUUCAUGCCUUUUUUACGAAUUAGCUUCGUUCCGGUAAGGUUUUCACGACAAUUUUUCAAACUUCGAUAAAUGAUAGCAAUACUUAAUUUGUAUAAUUGGGAUAAACACCGACAGCUGAAAAACAAAAAAUUACAAUGAAAUUACUAACGUAACAAAAAAUACAUGUUUGUCUCCUGGUGUAACAA